UUGGCUGCGCUGCGAAUGAGAGGAGGGCGGCCGGUGUUGCAUUUUCCGCCAACAUUCACGCGCGUCAGUGGCCACGCUGUGAACACUGCGAGCUCACCGGCCACUACUCAAUAACCUCCGCCGUAAAACAAUCGGAGAACACGGGACAGGGACCGAAUAACUCGCGUCACCAACCACGGAGGUUUUGCAAGGUUGGCACCGAGUGAAUGCAGACGAAGAGGAGGUCGACGGAAGUUUUGUUUGGUUUUCUUCAGGAGUUUAGGACGCACCGAAACUGCCUGGAAUGGUUGAGCCUAGCCCUACCGCACUGCACCUCUCCAAUGUGGAUGGCAGCAUGACAUGUUGUGGUGUCAAAGUAGAACAAGAGGAGAUCAACAGAGGAACUGGACUUAUCGGUAAUACUGAAUCUGCUCUGAAGAUGUCUCCCUCUCGUGACUGGGUGGGGAAUCAGCCACUGGUGGUGCGUCAACUUACACCACCACUCUCCUGUUCACCUUUGGAGAAUUCUCCAGGUAAGGAGUUGCUGCACAUACAAAGCCAGAUGACACUCAAAGAUACAGCGCUACAGGAUCCAGCAAAAGGACAGUCCAAGGAAGGAAACCCAGAGUCUCUGGCAGAGAAGGAGCUCCAGUUGUUGAUGAUGAUCAACCAACUUAGUGGACUUAGGGAACAGCUCCUGGGUGCCCACUCUGAGCAGAGAAACAUGGCUGCUUUGCUUCUGGAGAAACAGCAGCAGCAAAUGGAGCUGGCCCGGCAGCAGCAAGAACAGAUUGCUAAACAACAACAGCAGCUGAUCCAGCAACAGCACAAGAUAAACCUUCUUCAGCAGCAGAUUCAGCAGGUCAACAUGCCCUACGUGAUGAUCCCUGCUUUCCACCCCAACGCCCAGUCUCUUACAGUCCCCUCAGACCCACAGAUGAGUUUACCAUUGCAGCCAAUACCAUGCAAGCCAGCUGUGGACUAUCCCAUGCAGUUGCUAUCUACCCCUGUCAAGAGGAGCAGUGGUUCCAGCCGACAGGAAACAGGUCAGCCCUUGAACCUAACAUCCAAGCCUAAAGGAAUGGAGCUGAGGAAAGCCCCUAGUCCAAAGUGUAUGCAGAUGGGCUCAGUGGUGAUGCAGGGCGCCUACAGACAAAUGGAUAUAACAAAGGAGGCUUCCAACAGCCCACCUCGACCCACCCUCACAUUAUUCAGAGACAGUGAUGUGGUCACGCAAGCCAUCCAUGAUGCCCAGCAGCUACUGAGGAAUCACAAUGCCGGAGGCCAAGGCAAAGAGAGGGAACGAGAAACUGACAGAGAAACCAUCAGAUUGGAGUGCAAAUAUCCUCCCUCAUGCAGUGAUAAAAGCAUACAUUCUGAGCAAGGUGACGAACAACACACAUUGCUGCCCAUGGACGACCACCUCAGUGACUCUGAGAGUACGCUGCAGGUCCAAGGCAGCUACUCUGAGGCCCGCCCCCCUUCGUCCUCAGGACACAUCAAGAGACCCAUGAAUGCCUUUAUGGUUUGGGCCAAGGAUGAGCGCAGGAGAAUCCUGCAGGCAUUUCCUGAUAUGCACAACUCCUCCAUCAGCAAGAUCCUGGGCUCCCGGUGGAAGUCCAUGUCCAACCAGGAAAAGCAGCCUUACUAUGAAGAGCAAGCUAGGUUGAGCAGGCAGCACCUUGAGCGCUAUCCAGAUUACAAAUACAAACCCCGGCCCAAGCGCACUUGUAUUGUGGAGGGACGGAGGUUAAGGGUGGGCGAAUACAAAGCCAUGAUGAAGAGCCGGCGACAGGAACAAAGGACAACGUACACCAGAAGUCCAACAGAACCACAGCCCAUCCAUUAUUCACACAAUGAUGCCUCAUACCCGCCUGGCAGUUGCGGCAGCUCUGUCUCCGUGUCGUCCAUGUCUUUUCACUCCUCCCUUCUAGAGCAUUACCUUCCUCAACAGCCUACCUCGCACAGAAUCGAUGGUCCGGCUACAGCACCCCCUUUGGCCCGGGUGAGACAGAGGGACAGAGAACGAGAGCAGGCGAUCUACAGCGAAGGAGAGGAAAGUGACAGAGGGGAGAAAAGUGAAGGGGAACUUGUGCUGCUGACAGAUUGAAAAAAAAAUUGUCAGAUAAAAAGAAGGGAUUAAUUUCCCAUGGAAUUUUAGGAAACAGCAUUCACUUGUAAAUUAUCCUCAGUGACACAACCAAUGCACAUAAAGCUAAGCUCUUAACUAACUCAUUUCAUGGCAAAAUUCUACAAACACUCACAUUUAAAACCCAGCAAUGUUAAAUGAAAAUUUAUGAGGUACAGUCAAGUCUUGCUCCAAUGUGUUGGGCAGCAAGGUUGUGGAUGCUGUAUAGAAAAGACAAUCCGUUUAGUGUUUAGGACAUGAUUAACUUAUAGGCCACUACUGCCCCCUGCUGAUUAAGUCAGGUUCUCACAACAUACAUAACCCCCUUCCCCAUGUUCCUUUAAAAUUACCUUCAAGAUUUGUACUGUGAGCUGAAUUUCUGGUUUUGCCCAUUUUUUUUUGUAAUACUUGUGUUUUCUUUGCACAUUUGAUGCGUUUCCUUUCCAGAUGUCUUAUCUAUAUGUAUACGUAUAUGUAUCUGUACAUAUUCAAUAUUUACAUAUUUUUAUAUCACCUCCUACAGGAAAAUUAUAGUAUUGUGGCGCUAUGAUCUGCACUUCUUCAGACUGUGCUGCAAAGAGUUUACAAUUCGAAUUUCUGUUCAGUGUCUGAUUAUUCAGUCUCACGUUCAUGUUGUUCCUUUUUGGUAAGACUUUAUAAAUCACCUAUUGCAUUCGUUCGUAGACAUCCAUAUAAAAAAAUGUAAUAAUAACACAACUCAAUUGAUGGUUAUCAAAUGACUGAGUAUCAUGGUCCAUACUUGGCAUGUCAGUUCUGAGGUUCGAAGGGCUUACAUUUCGAAUCAAACGUGUUAGGUUAAUUGAAGACAGUCUAAAUUGUCCAUGAAUGGGAUUCAGAGCGUAAAUGGUUGGUUGUGCUUUGAGAUUUGCUGGUUGCCAGUUCAAGGUGUUCCUCCCACCCCAAGAUCAGCUGUGAAAUCCAGUUGUUUGGUUGCCCAAAUGAGAACAACCAGUUUAGAAAAUGGAGGGAUGGUUUUGUAUUAUUAUGGGAACAAUGUGAAGUGUCUGCAUCACUGUGUCAUCCAUGUUCUUAAAGCUCAUUAUUAUACUGUUGCUAUAUUGACUUAUGCUGGAAACCAAAGCAGGACAUUUUUUUUUUUUUUUUUAAACUUCGUGAAAAGUAUGUCUAUUGUCUGCUGUAAAAGUUUUUCAUCUGAAAAAGUUUGCUAAAGUCGUCUUAGGUGAAUGUUAUAGAAAUUGAACAGAAUAUAAAAGUGGCAGUUUCAUUUUCAUCAGUGCAAGUAAAUUUAGUGGUGGAGACGCAUGGAUAAUUUGGCAAUAAAUGAUUACCCAACAUCGGAAUACUGGGUUUAAUUCCCCUUCAGCUAAAUCCAAGAUUAACUAAUCAAAAAGGGGAAACCUCAGGGCUGGGUGCUGUGGAUGCUGUGUCAAAGAGUUGGACGCCAGAGGAAUAUUUUCAAUAUUUUAGUUGAGACACUGAUUUAUACUCGUUGUUGUAAAUAUAGAAAGAUAUUUUAUUUUGUUUUAUAAGAGCUUGUGUAAUUUAAAAGUGAUUGUUAUGUGGGGUUUUAUUCUCUUGAAAAAUAAACAAUGCAUUUUGCUGUAUUUAUCUGCUUGUGUGU